AUGGCACCUUCAGCGACUUCUCCUCCAGAAAACGAUUCGAAUACAAGUCGUCCCAAAAUCCUCAUUCCAGAGAAAGUAUCUCCAGAUGGGCUAGCUAUCCUCUCACCUCACUUUGAUAUUGACCAACCGAAAGGUGUUUCCGCUGAGGAACUGAUCUCCAUCAUACCAAAAUAUCAUGGACUCAUCAUUCGGUCCGAGACGAAAGUCACAGCUGCAGUUCUCGCUGCCGCCAAAAAUCUCAAAGUUGUAGCAAGGGCUGGCGUUGGUGUUGAUAAUGUCGACGUUGCGUCAGCUACUACGCGUGGAAUCAUCGUUGUCAACAGUCCAAGUGGCAAUAUUGUAGCCGCUGCUGAACACACUAUUGCUCUGCUCAUGGCAGUUGCUCGCAAUGUCCCAGCCGGAGACCGAAGUCUACGCAAUGGCGGAUGGGAAAGAAGUAAACUAGUCGGCACAGAAGUAGGAGGCAAGACACUAGGAAUCAUUGGACUCGGGAAAGUAGGAUUCAAAGUCGCCAGAAUGGGAGUCGGGUUAGGCAUGAAAGUAAUAGCCAUGGACCCCUACGCCAACCCCGAUAUGGCAGCAUCCGCCUCCGUAACACUCGUCGCCGACCUCCCCUCCCUCCUCCCCAAAGUCGAUUUCCUCACUAUCCACACCCCUCUCAUAGCCAGCACACUCGAUCUCAUCAGCACCGCCGAACUAGCCACAAUGAAACCCACCGCCAAAGUCCUCAACGUCGCUCGCGGCGGUGUCUACAACGAAGCCGCUCUCCUCGCCGCUAUUGAAAAUGACACCAUCGCUGGCGCCGGCCUCGAUGUCUUCACCUCCGAACCACCAGCUCCCAAUUCCCCCGCUGAAGCACUCUGUCGUCAUCCUAGAGUCGUGGCAACCCCCCACCUCGGCGCCUCUACAAUCGAAGCCCAAGAAAACGUCUCCCUCGACGUCUGCGCGCAGGUUCUCACCAUCUUACAAGGCGGUCUUCCAACUUCAGCCGUAAACGCCCCGCUCAUUCUCCCUGAGGAAUACCGCAAAUUGCAGCCCUUCGUCAAAUUAGUCGAGAAAAUGGGAUCGUUGUAUACGCAACACUACUCAGGGAAGGGUUCGAAAGGAGCACUCACGGGUAAACACUUCGAUCUUAUUUACGAGGGCGAACUCGCUGCUAUCUCUAACACACGUCCCUUAUUCGCGGCGCUGGUUAAGGGUCUUAUGGGCGUGGUUAGCGAGAUGAAUGUUAAUAUCGUGAACGCGCAACUCGUUGCUAAAGAGAAGGGAAUCGUGGUUAGUGAGAUCCAUUCCGGAUCCCACUCCGAUCUCGCAUAUGCCAGUAUCGUCACGCUGCGGAGCGAGGAAGGCAUCAUCUCUGGCUAUGUAUCCGGCAAAACAGUCUACAUCUCUCGCAUCGAUAAGUUUUUCGCGAGUUUUGUCCCUGAAGGACUCUUGAUCCUGCUCAGGAAUUAUGAUCGCCCCGGGAAGAUUGGGGGUGUGGGCGGGAUUUUGGGCAGACAUGGGAUUAAUGUGCGGUUUAUGAGUGUAGCGGCGCUCGAGGAUGCGGGGAGGGGGGAGGGCGAGGAUGAGGCGUUGAUGAUACUUGGGGUUGAGGGGAAUGUGGGGAGGGAGGUGGAGGGGGAACUUAGGGGUGAGGGGGGGAUUUUGGAUGUUAGUGUUGUUAGGCUUUGA